AUGAAAGUCAUCAGAAACUAUUCUAAGAAGUCAAAAGUUAUUACAGACCAUCUAAAUGAUGACCUUAACUUUAUAUUUAGAUCGGAUCUUAAAGAUGAAUUGAACAAAAAAUAGAUAUUAACUACGAAUACAUCUAGCAAUUAAUUAAACAGCAGCAAACUCACAAGUCAAAGAACAAUCAAGCAACCACUUCCAAGCUAGAUAUUUAUUCCGAGGCCUAAGACAGAGGGCGAACAGCAGUAAUGUCAAUUAUUUUAGUCUUCAUUCGCUACUCAAGCUACCCAAAGAGAAGAGGCUUUUUUAAGACAGCAGAAGCAGGUUGAAUAGUAUUUAGAAAGGCAGCAGAAAAAGUAAAUUUAUCAGACUGAGGUGAUGAAAAGAAUGUAGGAAAGGACAAAGAUCAGAGUUAUAGCUAGUCAGGAUAAAAUUAAGGACUCUGCUAAGUAUAUACUUGACCAGAAAAGAAAAAAACAACAGCUUAUUACUAUCAUGCUGAGCUCAUACUUAAACAGUCGAGAGCCCUAAAAGAUGCUCAAGAGUUAAAAUCGAUCUAAAGAUCAAUCAGAGUAAGUUACUGAAUAAUCUUUCUCGAAGAUGAAUAGUGAUUACAAUAGCAACAAUUAAACUUAGAACUCUCUAGGUAAAACAAAUGAGUAUGCAAAAUUCAUGCAAGGAAAUGGAAUAUAUCCUCAAAGAUAGCUUUAAUAAAAGAAUCAAUAAUUCCUAGAAAAUAGCAUAAAGAAUAUAAAGGCAGGAGACUAUCCAAUCUAGCCUGAAAUCUCAGACGGCCAAACUUAGCAUUCUGUAUAUAUUAAGUCAAGAAUGAAAGAUCCAUUUGGGAAUAAUUUCUUAGUGUCCUCUAUUAAAUAAAUAAAAUAGAAGCAAAAUUAGCAAUAAAGCACACCCCCUCCGACUAAUACAUAUCGAGUUUCUAUAAAUCAAAACUAGACAGUAGGAUUUAUGAAUUUAAAAACAAACGGGAAAAUCGAUGAUUAUGAAGAUAACGGAGGAGGGCUUAUGUUUUUCAAUUAUUAAAGCCGAGAAAAUAUGAACAAUGAAAGUUCAAGUAAAUCCCUUUAGAAGAGACCCAAGACUGCCUAGCCUAAAGGAAUAAGCCAUAGGCUUAAUAAGAAGGCGAAUCAUCAAAUGGAAUUACAAAGAGAUUAAAAUAAUGAAGAUGUAAGGCCCAAAAUAAAAAGGAGAGCGAGAAAAAGAAGUGAUAUGAAGGAGGAUACAAAUACUUUGAGAUGUCAUAGUUCAUUCGUUGAGAGGAUCAUUCCAAAAUAAAAAUCUAGCAAGACCAUAGUCAGAAGACAGCUAGACUUUUAUCAUGAUCAUCUUAAAAAUCCAAUAGAUCAGAUUAAGCUCAGCAAUAUCAUAUAAGAUAAAGAUAAAUAGAACAGAUAUAGAGUUAACAACAGGAUGAAGCUGCUAAAAAACAAGCAACUGCAUAUAUUUAUAGAAGGUAAGCAUUAGGUUGAAAUCUCAAAAGAAGCAAGUCUAGCACAAUCAAGGGACAAUUCUAUUGAUAUUAGAAAAGAAUCAUAAUGA